AAUUUCUGUAGAAGAAGAAAAAAGCAGCAGCAGCAGCUCUGAUGAAGAAAAUGAAGAAGAUGAUAAUGGAAUGAAUAAAGUUACUGGUGAAAUUGGUGGACCAAGAGGACCUGAACCUACCAGAUAUGGAGAUUGGGAGAAAAACGGUCGAUGUUCUGAUUUCUAAGACCUAACCAGGAGCCGCGUCACUGAGUCAGGCGAGUUGCUAAUAUUUGGAUGAAUUCUUCAGAAAUCUCCGUCUCGUUCUCCUUCUUCUCCUUCCUUCUCUUUUGUCCUGGUUUGGUUACAUGUAGAACAAACUGUCGUACUCCGCUGUCAUGUGGUAGCGGGGAGGGGGAGCCUAGAGUCCUGGUCCCUUUCAGAUUAGAAGGUCGUCAUUGCAAGGUAUGUGGUUACCCAGGUUUCAAUCUUUCUUGCAGUAGUUCAAAUAAAACAGUCUUAGAGCUUCCUUUAUCUGGAAAGUUUUUCGUUCAGAACAUCUAUUAUAAAUUACGGGUUAUACAAAUCAUAGACUCUGAUAACUGUCUCCCUAGAAGUCUUCUAAGCCUAAGUCUUGUAGGUUCUCCUUACCAAUUGGAUGGUCGGAAUGAGUUGUAUACGUUUCUUAAUUGUUCAUCAGCAUCUGUUGAUCUUAGCAAAAUAACUUCAUUAUACGUUCACAUCCAUUGCCUUAGUAGUUCCACACACACCAUAUUGGCUACAAAUGUAACUACUCACCGUAUUCAACCACUGAAUUCAAGCUGUGAGGUAAUCGCCACUGUAUCAGUUCCGGUGGUGAGCACUUCCGAUAAAAUUAGUGAUGUUCUUCAUCUCAUGUGGUUGCCAACACCAGUUGAUGAUAAUUCACAAGGUACUAUCCGCAGAACAAUGAUGUUUGUUGUUUUCGGCAUUUGCAUUGGCUUACCAAUCCUAAUAUUCUUCAUAUGUUAUUACUGUCCAUGGGUCAUAAGGUCCUACCGUGACGAGGAUCGCAGGCUGUUUGUUGCAGUUCUGCCGCAAUCAAAUGAUCGGUUGAUAUUUUCCUCUUCCGGAUAUCAGCCGUCAUUCAUAGCCGCACGCGGAUAUCAGCCGUCAUUCAUAGCCGCACGCGAACAGCCUGCCUCUGGCCUUGACAGUUCUAUUAUCAGUUCGUAUCCAACAAUACUUCUUGAUGAGAAGCUACGACUUCCUAAUCCAAAUGACACAACUUGUUCAAUAUGUAUAUCAGAGUAUCAACCUACAGAGACAUUGAAGAUUAUACCAUCUUGUAACCACUACUUUCAUGCAAAGUGCAUUGAUCAGUGGCUUAACAUGAGUUCAACAUGUCCUGUUUGUCGGGAAUCUCAAAGUCUCCAGUCGCUGCUUCCAUCUGCCGUUGCUCCUUAACUUUCUCCCAUGUACUAACAUUGUUUGUUCUGUUUAUUCUCCUUUCUUCUAUGUACAAUCUUUUCCUUCUCUGUUAAAAUAUGUAUCGGGUUCUGUCUGGCAUGUGCUAUGUGAAUUCAAAUGCUGGUGGUUGAACUUUAAACACAGAUCUAAUCUUUAGAUAAGUUGUUGUGAAAA